AUGAUACACUUGAUAGAGCCAGUUCGUCCUGAAAAGCUCCAGUGGCAGCUUGUAUCCAAGCUGGCUGCUAAGCGAGCCAUGACAGAUCACGACGACUGGUGCCUGGUGAUGUCCCAGAGGCUGUCCAUGCUCAACAGCAAGGCAGCAGACUUCCUCGCCGAGUCGCUUGUUGCCAUGUCAAGCACAUGUCUGAGCCCGGGCAUGUCCGAGGCCCCUGACGCGUACAGAUCCCUGAGCCCGGGCAUGUCCGAGGCACCCGACGCGUACAGAUCCCUGAGCCCGGGCAUGUCCGAGGCCUCUGAGGUGUACGGGUCCCAUGCUCUGCCAAGCCCGUCCCCCAUGCACGACAUACAGAUACAGCUGGGGCCUCGUCGCAAGCGAUCCAAGUACAUCACCAACUCGUGCUCCGAGUGCCGCCUGAAGAAGCGCAAGUGCAGCAACGUGCGGCCCUGCGCCAUGUGCAUCGUGACCGGGACGGGCGCUGUGUGUCAAUCAGAGUCUGAGACGGCUCCUUUCUACACCAUCAUCCGCGGGACCCACGAGGCGCUGUUCCAAGAUGCGCGGGACCAGGAGAUCGCGCUGGACUCGCUGAGGCAGGCGUGCCUGCAAGUAGGAGUCAACAUCGCGAUGGUGCGCGGGCAGUGGGAGCUGGGGCUGAACGCGUCGAGAGUGUUCAAGGCGUUCAAGAUCUUGCCGCUAGAUCUCAAGCUGGCCAUCGACGAAGCCAUCGACACGGUCAAGUCCGCAGUGCUGGGCAGCCCCAGGGUCUUGCCCGGAGACUUGGACGCAGUGCGCAGGAUGCAGGAUUGCGGGAGGCUGAGCCAUGACCUGCGGCUGGACGAGGACAGCGAGGGGUCGUCGUCGAGGGGGUGGGGGGGAGUGGGGGAGUGGUUCGACGACGCGGCGUCCAACGCUCGAUGGGGGCAUGGGCGGUGGGUGUCGAUGGAGUUUGACAGCGAGGACCUCGCACACUGCAGGCGCCUGAGACUGGGAGACGAGGUUGCGGAGCUGCUGGGGUAUGACGCCGGGGAGAUGCUCUCUCGGCACUCCAACCAUGAGAUGCUGCUGCAAGUGAGCGAGUAUGAGAUGCUAGUCGCUGCCAUCGAGUCGCUGUUCCACUCGCUGGAUCGAGAGGUGACGUGGUACUCGAGGGUCACGCGGCCGCAGCGAGGCCCGGACGAGGCGCAGAAGGGGGCGACCCAGAGCGUGCUGUACCUGAGAUGCACGCAGCACAAGGCCUUCGACCACGCGGGGAGGCAGAAAGGCUACGUCAUCACCAUGGACAUGGCGACAGCAGAGGCGUUUCAGAGGUACAAGAACGGCUACCUGCCGCCGAGCAUGCGGAUGAGCGCACCGGAGAAGAACGUGGAAGAGGCUGUGGGGAGGGAGGCGAUCGUGUACAUGAGGAAAUCGCAGACAGCAGGGGCGGAGAAGCUAUCGUUUCUUACAGAGGUAGUGAGAAGGAGGACGCGAGACCUGAAGCUCAGUUAG